GUGAUCCUCUGACUCUCUCUUUCUCUCUCUAUAACAACUAUGGGCCAAAAGGAAAUGGGUCUUUGUUUUCUUUGCUCGAUUACCUAACGCUCUUCCAUUUUUCAAAUGAAAACGCUCAACCAAUCCCACUUGGUUUUCAUUUUUUCCUCUCACCUCUCAUUUGACUUGAUCGUCUUCUUCCUCUACCCUUUUUUCUCUUCCAACAUUCCGAUUCUGCAACUCCACAACUUGUUUUGAAGCAAUGAAGUGCUUCCACUUCACCAAUGGCGAGAGAAGGGAUGAUGAAGACGCCGUCGUUUCUAGAGUCUCCAAGGUCUCCUGGGCUCGUUCGCUAAGUAUGGCUUCUAGCACUUUUGAUACCAGGCGGUCCGAGUUCGAUUCUGACUUUUCUAGGGAUGUUUCCGACUCGAUUGGGUUCGAUGAGUUCUUGACUCACCGGAGAGGGAAUGAUCUGCGCGUUUUUUCCUUUUCCGAGUUGAGAUCAGCCACGCGAGGGUUUAGCAGGGCAUUGUUGAUUGGGGAAGGAGGUUUUGGUUGUGUGUUUAAAGGAGUUGUUAGGGCUUCUGGUGAUGAUAAUGGUGGCUCCAGUUCCAAGUCUGAUUUGAAAAUGGAGGUUGCUGUUAAACAGCUCAAUCGCAACGGCUUCCAGGGGCACAAAGAGUGGAUCAACGAGGUGAACUUUUUAGGUGUGGUGAAACAUCCAAAUCUUGUGAAAUUAGUUGGAUACUGUGCAGAAGAUGAUGAAAGGGGAAUGCAAAGGCUUUUGGUUUAUGAGCUUAUGCGCAAGAGGAGCUUGGAGGAUCAUCUAUUGGUUCGAGUAUCUUCACCAUUGUCAUGGUUGGCAAGGCUUAAAAUUGCUCAGGAUGCAGCUCGUGGUCUUGCAUAUCUACAUGAAGAAAUGGAUUUUCAGCUAAUUUUCCGCGACUUAAAAGCAUCAAAUAUCCUGCUAGAUGAAGAAUUUAAUGCGAAGCUUUCGGAUUUUGGACUUGCCAGACAGGGUCCUCCGGAGGGAAUCAGUCAUGUGUCAACAUCGGUUGUGGGUACAGUAGGCUAUGCUGCUCCAGAGUAUGUCCAAACUGGCAGGUUGACUGCAAAGAGCGACGUGUGGAGCUUCGGAGUUGUUCUCUAUGAACUCAUUACAGGAAGACGAGCUGUGGAGAGAAACCUACCACGCAACGAGCAGAAGCUUUUGGAAUGGGUUAAACCAUAUGCGUCUGACCCUAAGAAGUUCCAUCUUAUUAUUGAUCCACGGCUCGAAGGAGAAUGUGACAUUAAGUCAGCACAGAAACUUGCAUCACUGGCUAACAAAUGCCUGAUGAAGCAGCCUAAAAAUCGCCCAAAAAUGAGUGAGGUUGUCGACAUUCUUGGAAACAUCAUCAGUGAAUCACAUCAAGAUGAAACAGUUCCUCAACCGAGCGACAACAUCAUCGUGGAAACAAAGGAAGAAACUGUGGAGGAGGCUGAAGUCGAGGCUGCUAGUACUACUAGUAGUAGUACAAGGCAUAGAAAUAGUCAUCUAAGGAAAGUUUUUGAUUUUAAGGAUAUGGUGAGCUUGAGAAACAAAUCUUUUGGGAAGUUAGAUUGGAGAAAUUGGACACCUGGGUUGGUGAGAACUUGGUAACAAGCUUUGCUUAUUCUUUGAGAGUGACUGUGGAAGGAAGGAAUGAAGAACAACUGAGUGGCAACUAGCGAGGAAGAGGCGCUAACCGAAGAGAGCGACUGUGCUAGGAGGAUAUGGGUGUGGUGGAGUUGUCGACUUUGAUGUGCAAGGAGGACGUGGGUGUGGAGUCAUCGACUGUAUUGUGCUGUACUGAGUUCCGACGGGUGAGUACCAUUAUGCGAGGACUGUAUUUUGCUGAACUGAGUUGCGACCCGUGAGAAAGGUACUGGAG